GCUUAUCUUUCUGGACGUCCGUUCCUCCCUUGUACCUGACAACCAGCCGCUUGGUGAGAUUCACACUCAGGGAAGGGGGUUGUGAGCGAGAGAGAUGGGGGGCAAAGAUUCAACCAUGUCCCACUCCGGAGCCCAGGGCAGCAUUGGGAGCCACCCAGCCAUGGGACUGCGUGCCCACAAAAUGUACCUGUUUGAGUUUGAGAACUUCCAGGGUCGUAUGAUGGAGUGCAUCACUGAGUGCCGUAACCUGUGUGAGAAGGGCUUUGAGAGGAUCGGCUCCAUCAGGGUGGAGUGUGGACCCUGGGUGGGCUAUGAGCAGCAGAACCUGAGUGGAGAAAUGUUCAUGCUGGAGAAGGGAGAGUACCCCCGCUGGGAUACCUGGAGCAACAGCUACAGGUGUGACCGCUUCAUGUCCGUCAGGCCCGUUCGCAUGGACACCCAGGACCACAAGAUCUGCCUGUUUGAGUGUAAUAACUUUGAGGGCCGUAAGAUGGAGGUGUGUGAUGAGGAUAUCCCCAGUCUGUGGUCCUACGGCUUCCAGGACCGUGUGGCCAGCAUCCAGGUCACUGGUGGAACUUGGGUUGGCUACCAGUACCCCGGUUACCGUGGCUACCAGUACGUGUUCGAGUGCGGUGUCUUCAAGCACUGGAACGAGUGGGGCGCCCACCAUCCCCAGAUCCAGUCCAUCCGUAGAGUGAGGGACAUGCAGACACAUCGCAGAGGCUGCUUUGAGUGGACCGUCUAGAUGGGGCCAGGCAGGCGACGGGUCAUGGGCCAGCAGGACAGAGGGGAAGGGGCCUGGCUUGCCCUGGAGCUAACCAUCCCUGGGUCUGGAGCUCCAUCUUGGAACUCCACACAGCCAACAUAAGCUAACAGCGUACAUCACUGGCUCCACCUCAAUCACUUUUACAAGUAGUAACAUUCAGGGUGUGUGUACUGUGAUGCACAAUCCUUGAAUGAAGACAGUGUCACCUACUGGGCAAAGGUUGCUACUGCAGUUCACCUGCAGCUGACUUCCACAAUGCCUGAAUAUAAUAAUACUGGUGAAAGUGAUAGCUGUACUCUCUUUUCCAAGACCUGAUGGAAUUAUAGCAUGAGAAGAUUUAUGAUAUUUAUGAUGGGGAUUUUAAUUGGAGAAAGGGAAUUAGUUAACAAAGAUUUUAACAAGUUAUAUAUAACUUCAUUAGUUUGUGUUCACUAGUUUGUUUCCAUAUCUGCAAACCCAAUUUAUUUUAUACAUCUUAGUUGCUUAUGUGUUUCUUAGCUAUAUACCUAAUGAUGCCGAAUAAGCCUGUUCAUUACAAUGCUCUACCCUCCUGCGAUCUGGGAAUCAUUUUAGAGAGUAGACAUACUGCUCUCACUCCAGUCUCGAAGCUACGGUGGACAGCUGCCAGCUCUCUGUGCUCUGUCCAUGCCCUGCAGUGAGCUCAAUCAUCCACGGGAGGCACUGUUUCCCCAUGUACUCUCCCCCAAAGCCACCUUCUAGUUUAGGGAUUGCACCUCAACCAUAAUUUCCCCAAUGACAUUCUACCUUCAAGGCUUCAAAGCUAUGCCCAUGACCCACUCAAUCUAUGGCAGGGAAGCUAUGCCCAUGACCCACUCAGUCUAUGGCAGGGAAGCUAUGCCCAUGACACACUCAGUCUAUGGCAGGGAAGCUAUGCCCAUUGCCCAUUCAGUCUAGGGCAGGGAAGCUAUGCUCAUGACACACUCAGUCUAUGGCAGGGAAGCUAUGCUCAUGACACACUCAGUCUAUGGCAGGGAAGCUAUGCCCAUGACACGCUCAGUCUAUGGCAGGGAAGCUAUGCCCAUUGCCCAUUCAGUCUAUGGCAGGGAAGCUAUGCCCAUGACCCACUCAGUCUAGGGCAGGGAAGCUAUGCCCAUGACACACUCAGUCUAGGGCAGGGAAGCUAUGCCCAUGACACACUCAGUCUAUGGCAGGGAAGCUAUGCCCAUGACCCACUCAGUCUUGGACAGGGAAGCUAUGCCCAUGACACACUCAGUCUAUGGCAGGGAAGCUAUGCCCAUGACACACUCAGUCUAUGGCAGGGAAGCUAUGCCCAUGACACGCUCAGUCUAUGGCAGGGAAGCUAUGCCCAUGACACACUCAGUCUAUGGCAGGGAAGCUAUGCCCAUGACCCACUCAGUCUAGGGCAGGGAAGCUAUGCCCAUGACACACUCAGUCUAGGGCAGGGAAGCUAUGCCCAUGACACACUCAGUCUAGGGCAGUGAGGCUGUCUGAAGGAGGACGUGAGCUAGGGGGCAUGAUUGGGAGACAGGCUGCUGUAGGCUACCUGGUAGUGUUUUUCUAGACAUGCUGACCUUUUGGGAGACCCCUCCCCCCUCUUAAUGAUGGGGUUGCUGAGGAAUCUUGUUAUAUACACUAUAUCUUUCUCAGGGAUGCUGGCAUCUGGAAAGCAACUUUCCAAUUAAAUAAAAAAAUGAAUGAAGAUUCCUAACCUCAGUGCUGGAAAUGCAA